AUGACGAGCAAUGACGAUGCCAACAAUGUCCCCCUCCUCACCCCUUACAAGAUGAGCAAGUUUCAUCUUUCCCACAGGGUGGUUCUUGCACCACUAACGAGGCAGCGUUCAUACGGUAAUGUUCCUCAGCCUCAUGCCAUACUGUAUUAUCAACAGAGAACAACUAAAGGAGGCCUUCUGAUUUCUGAGGCCACUGGAGUGUCUGACACCGCUCAAGGGUACAAGGAUACUCCCGGCAUCUGGACAAAGGAGCAAGUGGAAGCGUGGAAGCCAAUAGUAGAUGGGGUUCAUGCCAAAGGAGGAACAUUUUUCUGUCAGAUUUGGCACGUAGGGAGAAUCUCCAAUUCCACUUUUCAGCCUAAUGGGCAGGCUCCAAUUUCAAGCACUGACAAGCCAGUAAAAUCACAACAUGUGGCUAAGUUCACUCCUCCUAGAAGAUUAGAGACCGAUGAAAUCCCUUUUAUCAUCAACGAUUUCAGGGUAGCCGCUAGAAAUGCAAUUGAAGCUGGAUUUGAUGGUGUUGAAAUUCAUGGAGCUCACGGUUACUUGAUUGAUCAAUUUCUGAAGGACCAUGUCAAUGAUCGCACAGACAUAUAUGGUGGCAGCUUAGAGAACCGUUGCCGGUUUGCAGUAGAAAUAGUUCAAGCGGUAGUUGAUGAGAUUGGAGCUGAUAAGGUUGGGAUAAGGCUUUCACCUUUUGCAAAUUAUUCGGGAGCAGUAGACUCAAACCCAGAAGCUCUAGGCCUGUAUAUGGCAAAUGCACUGAACAAUUUUGGAGUUCUCUAUUGCCAUGUAGUGGUGCCACGGAUGGUGAAAAAUGGUGAAAAUUCUGAAACUCCCAGCAAUAUUGGGUUAAUGAGGAGUGCAUUUAAGGGAACAAUUAUUGUUGCUGGUGGCUACAGUAGGGAGGAUGGAAAUCAUGCAAUCUCCAGUGGCUAUGCUGAUUUGGUUGCAUACGGGCGCUUAUUUCUGUCCAAUCCUGACUUGCCUCGGAGGUUUGAAAUUGAUGCUACUCUCAACAAGUACAACAGCGAGACUUUUUACACUCCUGAUCCAGUUAUCGGAUAUACUGACUACCCAUUUCUUCCAUCAGAUGUCUAA